CGGGGCGCGCGGCGGCGGCAGACGCGUGUGCGCGCGCGCAGGAGCGGGGCCGCGGCCGGUGCGCACCGGGCGCCUCCCCCGCCCUCCCCGCCCCGCGCAUCGCCCCGGUCCUCCCCCCGCCCCGGCGCCGUUUCCCCCGCAGCCGGGCGGGGGAGGAGGAUGGAAACACCCUUCUACCAUGAUGAUGUGUUGAGCGGCCUCGGCAGCGGCUUCGCCCCGUCCUCCGGCAGCAGCGGGCUCCUCCUGCCUUUCCCCGGCGGCAGCAUGAUGAAGAAGGACGCGCUCGGGAUGGCCUUACCGGAACAGGUGGCGGCGGCGCUGAAAGCGCCCGGCGCGGCCAGCGGCGAGGCGGCGGGGCUGCUGGGCUCCCCCGAUCUGGGGCUGCUCAAGCUGGCGUCCCCGGAGCUGGAGCGGCUCAUCAUCCAGUCCAACGGGCUGGUCACCACCACCCCGACCAGCGGCCAGUUCCUCUACCCUAAAGCGGCCGCCUCCGAGGAGCAGGAGUUCGCCGAGGGUUUCGUCAAGGCGCUGGAGGACUUGCACAAGCAGAACCAGUUGGGCGGCGGCGCGGCGGGGAGCGGCGGCGGCGCGGGCGGCGGCGGCGGGGGAGGAAGCGGCGGCGCGGGCGAGCUGCCCGCCGCCGGGAUGGCCCCGGAGCCGCCGGUCUACGCCAACCUCAGCACCUAUCCGGCCGUCAGCUACGCCGCCGAUCCCGGCCCGUUCGCGGCGCCGCCGCCGCGGCUGCCGCCGCCGCCGCCCCCGCCGCCGCUAAAGGACGAGCCGCAGAUCGUGCCGGAGGUGCCGAGCUUCGGGGAGAGCCCGCCGCUGUCCCCCAUCGACAUGGACACGCAGGAGCGCAUCAAGGCGGAACGGAAGCGGCUGAGGAACCGCAUCGCCGCCUCCAAGUGCCGCAAGAGGAAGCUGGAGCGAAUCUCCCGGCUGGAGGAGAAGGUGAAGAGCCUCAAGAGCCAGAACACGGAGCUCGCCUCCACCGCCAGCCUGCUCCGCGAGCAGGUCGCCCAGCUCAAGCAGAAGGUGCUCAGCCACGUCAACAGCGGCUGCCAGCUCCUGCCCCAGCACCAGCACCAGGUGCCGGCGUACUGACCCCGGGCGGGCCGGGGGAGCCCGAGCCCGGGCACGGACCGAGGGUCCCGGGCAAGGACCUGGGGGAGCGCCCGCUCUGCCCCGGGCAUGGACCGAGGGGAACGGGGGGAGGAACCCCCACCCCGCCCCGGGAACGGACCGAAGGGUCCGGGGCACGGACUGAGGAGAGCGGGGAAAGCGCCCGCUGUGCCCCGGGAACGGACCGAGGGGUCCCGGGCAGGAGCUGAGGCGGAGUGCUCCGACUGAGGGGUCGCGAGGGGAGGAAGAAGAGCGAUGAUCGUCCCCUCCUUCAUCUCCCCGGACACAGACUGAGGGGUCUGAGGGGAGAACCGGGACCGGCUCCGGACGGUGCGCACGGACUGCGGGGAGGGAGAAGCCGGGACUUCCCCACCGCGCACGGACUGAGAGAGAGGGGCCCGGGCCGCCCCCCCCCCGCGGCCCCUCCGCGCCCCACACAUUCCAGUCAGGUCCCAGUAAAACCCCGCGACACGGAGAA